AUGGCUAACGUAGUUGCUAAAGUACCGUCUAUGAUUUCUUCCGCCCUCACACAAGCUAGGCCCAAAUUCAACAUUUUCAUGAAAUAUGCACGAGUCGAGCUAGCUCCGCCUAAGCUAAGUGAAAUUCCGCAAAUUAAAGCUGGAAUUGCUAAACUUCUAACAAGUGCGAAGACUGGAGCAUGGAAGCAGCAGACAGUAAAACAGGCAACACUCAACACCUUAGUUGGGGCUGAAGUUCUAUUUUGGUUUUUUGUAGGAGAAUGCAUUGGAAAACGUCACUUUGUCGGCUACAAAGUUUAA